AUGCCAUUUGAAUGCAACAAGGGAUUAUGUAGAUCGUAUCAAAUUCUCUUUCGUUUCUCUCCGACACUCAUUCCCAUUUUCUUCCCGCUUCAACGCCUUUUCUCUCUCUUCCUUCUAACCAUUACGUUCACUCGUCACCCUCUCUUUAUCUUUUUUUCUCUUCCACCUCUCUUUUUUUCUCUCUCUCCUUCUUCGUCUUUCCUUUCUCUACUCCUCCUUUCGAUUUCUUUGUUUCUACCAGCUUUUUCUCACUGUUUCGUCACCUUUCUUUUUCAACUUCUCCUCUCUCUCUGUUUCUAUUACUCUCCCUCACUUUCUCUUCUUCCCUUACUCUUUCCACCUUUAUCAAUUUUUCUCUCCUUCCCCUUCUUGUUCAUUAAUUUUCUUCCUCUUCGUUCCUCGUUUUUUUCCAUAUUCUAUUAUUUCUACUCCUCUCCCUUUUUCUUCUCGUCGUCUUCUCUAUCUAUCUAUCUAUCUAUCUAUCUAUCUAUCUAUCUAUCUAUCUAUCUAUCUAUCUAUCUAUCUGACUUUUCGUCUAAAUCUCUCCAUUCCUAUUUUUGUCGUUACUUACUCUCCAUUCACACUCGCUAUUCCUUCUGCCGCUCCCUUUUAAGUGUUCACCCUUCUUUUCUCCUCCCCAAUGGUCCCUUCCCUCUUUUUCUUGCUUCGAUCUCUCUACAUCAGCUCACAUCUAUCUAUUUAUUUAAGUCGCUUCCCGUCUUGUUAACAAUCGACACUUCUAUUCGCUAG